CACAGAAGAUUGACAGGAUAUUCUGGAGGCACGGCAGGCGAGUAAUCUGGCAAACUGACCACAGCCACACCGUCAGACUACAGACAGCAAAUCUUAACAAAAUUCCGCCCCAAAUCGGGAACUUAAUCGCAUUUUGAUGCCGAAAUAUUGGCCUGAAAGUACCAUCUAUGGACUUCCAUCUCUGAUGUUCGUGUUUGAGAGCUGAUAAUGAUGAAGAUGAAGCUACGAGCGGCGGGAGGCGAAAAUCACCGAUGCGACUUGAAUUCCGUUAACGGAUCCGAUCGGGAGAGCGGAACCCGAGCGGCUCAGCUCGACAAGGAGGCGGUGUUCGAGUGGUUCGGCUUACAGCUGAAUCCGUCCGGACGCGUGGAGCUGCUUUGCGGGCUGCUGCAUAUGUGUCAGCCGCUGGAGCUACGCUUCCUCGGCGCCUGUCUAGAGGAUCUGGCCCGGAGAGAUUUCACCGUCCUGCGGGAUUACGAGAUCCGGGCCAACUCCCCCGCUGAUCUGGAGGGGCUGAUGAACGUAAGCGACCCAGUUGUACUGUCUAAACUGCUCGUUUAUUUGUCUUUGCUCGGAUCCAAGAGCAGGGAAUGCGCCGGGAUUCUCUUCAGGAAGUUGAGUCGAAUGGACGCCGGGAUGUGCGGAGCUCUACCGGAGCCGGGGACCGUGGAUCAACUGCGGCUGCUCUUCACGAUGGGAUCGUUACACCCGGCGUUCAGUUUCUAUCAGCGGGAAGAGCUGCGAGCGCAGUUGGACAGACUCCAAAGAUGGAGCCAGUUUUCCAGGCGGGGGUUCCUCUGUCCCCACCGGGAGAAUGACGCAGACUGGACUCUUUGUAGCAACGCCAAUCCACACCUCAGUGGCACAUCACAGAGGAAAGUGGUGCACAUUGAGAAGAUCAUUCUGAAGGAGGUUUCUAUGGGAGGAGACGGCAGGCAGUACAGUUUUGAGGUGAAAUGGUCAGACUCUUCAUCUACUGCCGUCACCAAAAGUCAUCGGGAGUUGGAGGAUUUUCUAUUAAAGCUUCCUAAGGAGCAGAGUCCUGAUGGCUUUGAGAAGGGUAUCGUCAGGUUACUCAGUCGUGCAGAUCAAUGCGAAUCCAGAGAACUGGAGAGAAACCUCAGGGAGAAGUUCCUGUCUCUAUCACAGGAUGUCCUUCAGAGAUGUGAUGUUUCCAGGUUCUUCCUGUCUGAUGCUUCUGUACUGCCAUGCAGCCACUGUACCAGUGCGCCCGUAGCCAGAAUCCAUCAGCCUGAACGCGGUUUCUCUGAGGACUGCUCCGAGACGUCCAGUCUGGAGGAGGAUGUGGAGGCUUACAGCGUCAGAGCUUCUGGACUGAGUAAUCAGCGCUCUGAAUGCCAGAGGAGAGGAAACUGUGAGCAGAAUGGAGACAGAGUUUGGAAGAAAGAAACUGAAUUGGAACAGAGCUGCACAAAUGACAGAAGAAUCUUCACAUCUGGACAGAAGAACAAAGGAAGGCCAGCUGGAAAAAGGGAUAGAGGCAGACGAGUUACUGGUGUCAAGACUUCUAAUGGAAUCCAGAAGCCUUCUGCAGCACUGAUGAUCAACCAGUCAGCUUGCAAAGACACAGGAAGGGACCGGUAUGGGGACUCAUCAUCAGAGAGCUCAAACUCAGUGGCGUCCAGUCCUGUUCACCAGAAGACCCCGGAGGACCAAGAUACAGGGAGUCAGUCUGAUAACUCGGUCCAGGAACCAGCUGAAAAGACUCACCUCGCCAAAGGCAUUGGCGGGAAAGCAGUUGCCAUGGUGAAUCCAUUAGUUCCUGAGCCCCAGAAUGUUCCGCAGCCUCCUUCAGUGGUGGAGCUGGCGCUGACCGCGUGCCUCCCUUACGCCCUGCAGUACAACACCACCGCUCAGAGAGACGCGAGGCAGGGUAAGAUAACCAUCACCAUCCCAUUGGCCCAAGACCCUGGAGCAUCAUCAGCCAGCGCUCACCCACAGCAGCAGCCACCGCUGGGAGCGUUCAGCGUCCUCUCGCCCGGCCAGUGUCCUCUGCAGCCCGCUAACAGCACCACGGCCAAUAACCCCAUCAAAACAAACACCAAGGCCACCGUUACUGCCAACGCCCCUUCCAGCUCAAGUUCCUGCAGUAGCCAAGUACCAGGACCUUGCCCCACAACUGUACCCACGCACACCCCGGGACCAGGGCCCCUGCCGGCCUCUGCGGUCACACACAGCACCGCUCAGAACAACUCCUUGUCCUACAUCAACAGCUCCAGUCUGCCAGUUAUGCCACAAGCAAGUGGUACACAGCAGCAGCAGCAGCAGCAGCAGCAGCAGCAGCAGGGAUGCUGCAACGCCUGCGGCUGCCGUGGAACCUGUGUAGGAAACGGUGCCCACCAGACACCCAGCUACUUCCUGCCAACCCCACCCCCACCUGCCCGUCAGAUGUUCGGGCCACCGCCUGCUUUCUUCCAUCUCUCUCCCUCUCUAUGCAACAGUUUCCCUGCCCAGGGCCACCAGAAUAACGCGGCGCCGAUGCCCUUCUACGCCCACACUGGUCCUCCUGCAGCGUUCCUGCACGCUCACUCGGAGCACAUGCUGGCAUCGCAGGCUGGAUACAGUCUGCCUCAGAUGCACCACUUACGUCAGUACUACCCACCUGUCUUUCCACAGGUUGGCAUGAUGUCUAGCGGAACCAACAUGAAGAAGACCAACAACGUGUCCUGCUAUAACUGCGGCAAGAGCGGACAUUUCGCUCAAGACUGCAAACAACCGACCAUCGACGCCGGGCUGACAGGUGGUUUCCGGCUGAAGUACGUUGCCCCAAACUCCUCAGAAGCAUUAGAUAAAACCGACUGACAGCGAGCAGGGGACUGAAGCCCGGCGAGCCAGCGAUUCCAGAGACCCUUGAGAUCGUUCUGUUCAGUUUCUUUAAGCCUUGUCCAGAAAGCAAAACAACAAAAAAAGAGCCAAUGCAAGACGAGUUGCUUAAACUUAAUGGGUUCUCUUAGAAAUUAAAUUAUCUUAAUGUUAUAGUUUAAAUAGGAUGGAUUGCGAGAUGAUUUUUGUUUUAGGUUCAGACUAGUUUAUUGUUGUCAGAAGGAUUUUAUAUGAGCUGAUGUUC